AUGACAUCAGUAGAUUCAGGUGUUGAAACUGGAAAUGAUUCCAAUGAUUCCAGUGCCCAAACUGAAAAUAAUCAAUCUAAUAAUCAGAACUUUAAUGACGUUACUAAAACAAUGACCAGUGUCAACACUGGCAACCCGGACCUGGACAACCAGUUUGUUGUGACACAAAAUCACCAGUUUGUUGUGACACAAAAUCAAAAGCACCGAUUUGAAUCAAUCUCGAUAAAUGUUGGUCCACAGUCUACACUGACUACGACAUUCCUCUGUCAGUCGGAGCCCUUAGUGUCACGGAACUUUGUGUCACCGGGAAUUAAUUCUUCUGAGAAAUAUAAAAAAGCCGGUCUAUUUUGGACGCAAAAACCUAGACGAUUAAAUAGUAUUUAUGGUGCAUCAUCUGGAAGGAAAAUGCGAUUUGCAGCAGCUACUAAUAACACUGAACUACUUACGAGAUUACUUGAAAAAGGUGUGUCACCGAAUAAUCAUGAUGAUCAGGGCCGAUCUCCACUUCAUUUAGCAUCUUGCAGGGGAUUUACGGAAAUAGUUAAGCUCCUGCUUGACUAUGGAGCCGAUCCCAACCAAACCGACUGCAUAGGCAACACACCCUUACAUUUGGCUGCUGUUACAAGCAAAAUCUCCGUAGUGACACUGUUAUUAAAAGCGGGAACCGAUGUUUUAUCCUCUGAUCGUCAUGGAUAUAAUCCCCUACAAUUGGCGCAGACAAAACUCAGAAUGUUGCAGAAUUGUCAAGGUUCAGAUAUGAAUAAAGUUAAAGAUCAAGUUCACAAAAUAGUGGGCAUGCUUUUGGCAUACUUACAAAAACAAAAAGACGCUUGUGAACAAAUCGAAGCUCUUAGUUCUUUUUGCUCAAGAAUAACUCUUUCUAAUACAUCUGAUCAAGUUCAAGAUGACUUAAAAGAUUUACUCGCAAGUAUAGACUCACUAAGUUUAAAAAAUUAA